AUUUUUGGGGUUAAUAGUUUGGAAUGAAGGUAUAAUUUAAUGAUGUGGCAAUGUAUUAUUGUAAAUGAGAUUUAUUAAGGUAUUUUUGAAAUUAUUUUAGAUUUUAGGUAUAUUUUUGAAAAAAUCGCAUUAUAUUACCACUCAUCCAAUCAUAAGUGUGUGUCAGCCAUAUAAAAUCUCCAACUCAGAUUUUCCCAGCUUCGUCAGAACUCAGGCUGGUAAGCAGCCAUGGCUUCGUUCCACACCAUAGCUCCCCAGAGUUUCCUUUCCUUGACCAAACCCAAACCAAAGCCAACAAACUCUCAUCCUAAGCUUCUCCCCAGCUCCUCCAAUUUCCCCAAACUGAAUCCAAACUCGAUUUUCUCGAGAAACAAACGGAAAAGCAGCUGGUUAGUGAACUAUGUAGUGGAGGAAGAGUUCUUCGACGUGAUCCCUGUACAGAGCUCGGAUAGUACGGACCAGCAGGAAGGAGUGGCGGUGAGCCGCGUGGAGGGGGGAGGAGGAGGAGGUUUGGAGAGCGAGUUGGCGAGCCAGGUGAGUGGGUUCGGAGGGAACGAAGGGAGGUUGUCGUUCGAAGGAGCUACUGAAUUUCAGGGAUUUGGGUCUGGGUCUGGUUUAGGUGAUGGAAGAGAGAAUGAGGAUGAUAAUAGACUGAUUGAUAGAACGAUCAAUGCCACCAUUGUGCUCGAGGCUGGUUCUUACGCCAUCACGAGAUUACUUACCAUUGCUCAAUGUUACUGGCAUAAACUGGCAGACCAAUGUAAUAAUGCUCCCUUAAACAUGGAGAAGCCAAGUAAUGGGCAUGAAAGGAAACUUGAGAGAUUAAUUGCUUUGAUCCUAAUGCUUGUUCAAAUUUCUGCUCCACUUCCUUUUCUUGGUUUGGAGCCGUGGUCUUCGCCUCCUGCAAUGGCAGUACUUUAUUCUCCAGACACCAAGGUUCCAAGAACAGGAGAGCUAGCACUAAGGAAGGCGAUUCCUGCAAACACAAACAUGAAGGCUAUACAGGAUUCUCUGGAAGACAUAUCAUACUUAUUAAGAAUUCCACAGAGAAAGCCUUAUGGAACCAUGGAAGGCAAUGUGAAGAAAGCUUUGAAGAUAGCAAAAGAGGAAAAGGAUUCAAUUUUGGCAAGUUUUCCUGCAGAUCUAAAGGAAAGGGGUUCAACAUUGUACACUUCUCUUAUUGAUGGAAAGGGUGGAUUACAAUCACUUAUUGAAGCCAUAAAGGAAAAGGAUCCAGACAAAGUGUCUAUACGCCUUGCAUCUUCACUGGACACAAUUGCUGAUUUAGAGUUGUUGCAGGCUCCAGGGUUGUCAUUUCUGUUGCCUGAACAAUUUUCAAAAUAUCCGAGGCUAACAGGGAGAGGAAUUGUUGAAUUUACCAUUGAGAAAGGAGAUGGUUCAACAUUUUCACCAGAGUCUGGUGGUGAACAAAGAAAAACUGCCACCAUACAGGUUGUCAUAGAUGGGUACUCAGCACCAUUAACAGCGGGGAAUUUUGCAAAACUGGUAAUUGAUGGUGCCUACAAUGGAUCAAAGCUCAACUUGUCCAAUCAAGCCAUUCUCUCAGAGAAGGGACAAGAUAAGAACAAUGGUAAUAGUGUUCCUCUUGAAAUAAAGCCAUCUGGGCAGUUUGAGCCUUUGUACAAAACAACACUAAGUGUCCAGGAUGGAGAAUUACCAGUUCUCCCUCUAUCUGUUUACGGUGCAGUUGCCAUGGCUCAUAGUGAAGUUUCAGAGGAGUAUUCAUCACCCUAUCAAUUUUUCUUCUAUCUGUACGAUAAACGAAAUGCUGGCUUAGGAGGGUUGUCGUUCGAUGAAGGACAAUUUUCAGUUUUGGGAUAUACAACCAUAGGGAGAGACAUUCUACCGCAGAUAAAGACAGGAGAUGUAAUCCUAUCUGCAAAGCUGGUAGAAGGACAAGACCGUCUCAUACUGCCAAGUGAGAGUUGAUUUUGAUUCAAUUGGACCACAAUUCUCGUUCUUUAGCAGCCUGAUUUUCUUUGGGGCAGGUUGUGUUUCAAUUUUCAUUUUUUUUUCACUUGCUGUAUUCUUCUACAAAUCUCUAGUUACCAAGUUCCUGGUUUUGACCAUGUAAUAUACUUUUCACAACAUUAUUAAUAGAUAAGUUUGCUGGCCA